AUGCCAGAGGAAAUGCUUACCGAUGUGGAUCGCAGUUUACGUCAAACUUUGGCAAAUAUGAAGUUCCACAACUGUGUUGUGUGCAACACACGUACGAAACCAAAAAACAGAAGACCGGUGAACAAAUCUAUAAAGAAGUAUCUGUUGAAAAAGUUUUUCAUUAACGCUGAUGAGAGGUCAAUUAUAUGUAAUAAAUGCAGACAUAACUAUUAUAUAGCUGAGACGCAGCGUAGUUCAACAUACAGUUCAACAGAAGCAAGUGAUCCGGACUUUCAUCCGCCAGCCUCUAAAGGGAAUUCUUCAUAUCUCAGCCCUCCGUCUGUUUCACUGAAAAUACCGUGCAUUACAAAGACUCAUGCUAAAUGUUUCUUGUGUAAGAGACCGGGACCUAAACUCAUCGUUGUACCCUCCGAGACAAGAGUGACGGUAUUUAUAAAAUUCAAUAUACUGAUACCAUCCGGAUCACGCUGCUGUCCUGUACAUAUAUAUAAUGAGCAGAUUUCAGAGGAGUCCCUUAUAAACGUUCUAACCACAGACACAGUCUUUAUGAGCAGAACAAAUAUCUUAGAGUUGAUCGGGGCUAUAAGAAAGGAAUGCAUCAGAACAAAUGAAAGGCUUAAUUUUGACAACUUGAGAGAAGCAGAUUAUAAAGAACUGACUGGACUUAAGCAGACAGACUUUGAAGACCUCUUCCUUAGUAUAGAAGAGCAUAUUCGGAGCUCACCCGUACGUAGUCUGAGAACUACAGUUGGACUGUUCCUGUUGAAAUUAAAGUCUGGCAUAUCAAACAAACUUCUUUCAACAAUUUUAGGUAUAACGCCGUCAAGUGUCCGAAGAGCAAUUUCAAGUGUAAGACGUGCAUUAAUGCAGCAUUUUGUUCCGGCGAACUUGGGUCUUGCACAUAUAUCUAGGCAAGAAAUUAUUGACAAACACACAAGACCUCUUGCUCAGUCACUGUUUGGUACAGAUGAGUCGGGUGACAGUCAGCCAAAGAUGAUGCUUGUUUUAGAUGGAACGUAUUUUUACAUACAAAAAAGUACAAACUUUCAAUUUCAAAGACGGUCAUUUAGCAUGCACAAGGGCAGACCCUUAGUAAAACCAAUGGUAGUUGUAACAACCAGUGGGUACUUUGUCACCAUAAUCGGACCCUACCUGGCAGAUGGAAGAAACAGUGACGCACGUAUAUUAACUCACAUGAUGCAGACAAAUGUCGAAGAAAUAAAAAGCUUUGUAGCUGAAAAUGACGUUUUUAUUGUUGACAGAGGUUUUCGGGAUUCCUUAGCUAUGCUGGAAGAUAUGGGAAUACAUGCCGAAAUGCCUGCAUUCAUGCAAAAAGGACAGACACAAAUGACAACAGAAGAUGCUAACACUAGCAGACUAGUCACGAAGGUCAGAUGGGUAGUAGAAUCUACUAACGCCAGGAUCAAGCGUUGGAAGUACUUAGAUCAUGUUUUACCAACAACGCAGGUUCCAUUCAUCGGGGAUUUCGUAAGAAUAGUAUGCGCGAUAUCCAACAAAUACUUUCCUCCAUUGAGCGCGACGAAAAACAACGACGACGACACCGCACUUGGAAGGAAAAUGUUAGAUUUGUCAAAGUGUAAUAACGACCUUAAAACUUACAUUGAAAAUCACUGUUUAGAACGAAAAUCAGCCUGUUGGAAGUCCGCUGAAUUAGAUGUUGAAUUUCCGCGCUUAGACGAAAUUCAGUUGAGAGAAUUAACAUGUGGUACUUACCAACUUAAAAUGUCAGCUGGUUAUAUGCAAGAGCAUAUUGACGGAAACUCAGACAUUUAUGUACAUAGAGAAGACAAUACUCUUUUAAGGGUCAAAAUUCAAAGCAGACACGUGUCAUCUAAGGUUUACACACUUUGGAUUCGUCACAACGCGACUGAAGUUGUUUCAUGGUAUUGCAAGUGUCGCGCUGGUAGUCGAGUUGUCGGGAUGUGUGCUCACAUGGCUGCCAUUUUAUGGUUUCUUGGCUAUGCAAGACACACAGGGAAAGAAAUGUAUGGCACGCGCAACUGGGGUGAUUAUGUUUUAGACGCAGGAAACAUACCCCAAACUGUUGACAGUUCGGAUACAGAGAGUGAGUGA